UCCUGUUGAUUUCAUUAUGAAAUUACUGACCACGCUUGCAUUUGCCAAGACCGUGUAGUGGACGCAAGUCCAUAGUCGUUGUUUUAUUCCAACCUGGCAUCAGCUUGGAACUAGGAAUUGAACAGUAUUACACGCCUAAAAUAAAAUAUUUCUGAAAAUGUCAGGUUUGAGAAAACAGAAGAAAUAUGAUUGGAAAGAUUCCAACUUAGCACUGUUUGGUUCUGAUACAGAAAAGAAUAUUAAAAAGGAGUCUGCUCGAGGGGAAGUAGCCUGGAAGAAGGCGGGUCAAGGUGUAGGCAUUCAGAUAUGGAGAAUUGUGAAUUUCAAAGUGACAGAGUGGCCCAAGGAGGACUAUGGCAAGUUCUACAAUGGGGACUCUUACAUCAUUCUGCACACGUACAAGGAAGAAGGGGAAGAAGACUUGGAGUACGACGUCCACUUCUGGAUUGGAGAGCAGAGCACACAGGAUGAGUACGGCACUGCAGCCUACAAGACAGUGGAGCUGGAUACAUUCCUGGAUGACAAGCCUGUACAGCACCGCGAGGUGCAGGGGCACGAGUCACAGCUCUUCAAGAGCUACUUCAAGACCCUCACUGUAAUGAAGGGUGGUGCGGAUACUGGUUUCCGGCAUGUUAAGCCAGAGGAGUACAAGCCCCGUCUGCUGCACUUCAGUGGGAACCGGCAGCAUGUGGAGGUGCGGGAGGUGGGGAGGAACAAGGCAAGUCUCAACUCCGGUGAUGUGUUCAUACUGGACAUGGGCAACACCAUCUAUCAGUGGAAUGGCAGCGGAAGUAACAAGGACGAGCGGAUGAAGGCGAUGCAGUACCUCCAGGGACUGAAGAGUGAGAGGUCAGGCCGACCAAACUCGGAGGUGUUGGAAGAGGGGGAUACAGACAGAGAUCAUGAAUUCUACAAGGCUUUAACAGAGGAUGCAGACGACAAGGAAGAGCAGACGCAGGAAGCAGACACCACCAAGGAGUUGUACCGUCUGUCAGACGCCAGUGGGAAACUCACCUUCAAACUGGAGAAGAAAGGUGCUGUGUCGGAGAGCGACCUUGAUACCAAGGAUGUGUUCAUUCUGGAUGCUAAAUCAGCACUGUUUGUGUGGAUUGGGAAGGGUACAAGCGAAACAGAGAGGAAGAAUGCAAUGAGUUAUGCUCAUACAUUCCUGAGCAAGAGUUCUCACCCCUUGAUCCCUGUAUCAUGUGUCGCUGAGGGAAGACGGUAUCCCAAAUACUUCCAAACGGCCAUCGCAGCUUAAAUGAACAACUCCACGCUUGGUAUAACAGCCAGGAUGUGUUGAGACCAGUGCUCAUUCUUACCCAGUCCUCAACUUUGACUUAAACUAAAAAAAAAUAUGCAUUUGCUUAGUAUCUUAGUACUAAACAAUCAAUAAUGAAAAAUUAUAAACUUAUCAAUCUAACCAAGAAAAUAGUCAUUUAUGUAAUAAUGGAAAUAAUUCAAUGUGAGAUAAAAAUGUACUGAGUUAUUAAAGUUAAACAGUUAAACACUGUUUUAGAUUGUUAUUCUUGAAUUUACAAAUAAAAAUGUGACGGGGGCAUGGUAAAGUUUUUUGCAUUUAUGUAUCAAGUGAAAUGUAGCCAGUAGACUUUUUCUCAUGUAACAUCUCUCUUCAACUUAAGUUCUAUUAAACUGAUUAUCUACACUUAAACUCAUAUUUAAAAAGUUUUUUAUUUGUCAACAUUUAGUUUUAGGUUAGGGUUUAGUUUUGUUUUUGUUUUUUUUGUCAUACUUUGCUACAGGUUUUGUUUCUGUAGAUAUGAAUAUAAUUGAACAUUAUCAUGGUAUGAAUACUUAAUAAUUUCCAUUGGAAAUAAACAAUUAUAGGUAACACUGUAAAACCAUUUCUUUUUGUUGGCAGAAAUUUUGUGGCUUUUGAAAAAAAUACAAUUCUGUGCGCACUUAAAUUUCAAAUUAUCUGGAUAUUAUAGUACACGAUUGAUACAAAACGCACAAACCUCCUGUAUGUUAAAGGUAAUCUUUUCAUCAUACACAAACUUGAAUAGCUACCUAUAUCAGUUUACGAUAUGUUCGUGUACGUUAAUAUCCUAGAUACUUCACAUGAGGAUGCCAUUUGGCUAAAAUAAAAUAAAAUUAACUUUUAGUUGGACUCUUAAAUUUGUGUUUUAUUCUACCAUCAAAAUCCAUGAAGAUUAGUGAAUCACAAAAUUUAAUGGUUUUGCAGCAGACUAAACUAAUAUUUAUAAUAAUGAAGCUGUUCUUGUUUUGUUUUGUUUUUAAUAUGCAAAUAGCAAUUAAUGAUUUUUUGUAUAUUGGCAGUUUUAUUUGUGUUUUUUACCUUACAGCCUUUUUUAUUCAACGAAACAAAAAUAUUGGUGUUUGGAAAUGUUCUUCAACAAUGAAUUUUUACUGAAAACUGUACAUUUCAUUAGCAACAAGUUACAUGGACUAUUGUGUAAUGUUUGUAUUUGUUUUUUAGCAGUUAAUCACAUUUGUUUGUGUUGGUUCAGUACAUACUUGCCUAAUCCUAACGAGUUUAUGAACAAUAAAAACAUGUGAUUUUUUUCAGAGAUUGAUAAGCAACAAAUGUGAGCCAUUUCUGAUAAUGUUUCAAUUGCCUUAAGCCAGGCAUUUCGAUUUCUUAUUUGGGCCAAAUUAAAAGAAAAAUUUCCAACAAACAGUUAAUAUGAUCAGAUUUUCUAUGAUUGAAUGUAGUUUAAUUCAUCUGGCAUUUUAUUAAGAACAUGUUUAUGUUCAUUUGUAUUGGGUGGGGGGAUAUGUGAAUCUGGGAUUUUUGCUACCUCAACAUCAAACUAUUUGUAUUCAUUUAUUGUCGUACUUUGCGCAAUAUCAGUGAAAUUCCCGAUACUUAUUGGGACCAAUACAGGAGUAUUUGUGUUUUUGAAAUGAACUGAUUGUGUUUAAGCUGCACAGUUAAAGUACCAUAUUAAUUCACCUUAAUUUAAUAUUUCAUUUAAAAAUGGUGUUCUGCUAAAUCAUUAACAUGCUAGUGCUUUCUUUUAUUUACCCUGCUUUGUAUUUAGCAUCUAUGUGCAAUUAGCCAAUACUGUCUAUAGCAAUAAUUGUGUUGUGUUGUUGUUGUUCUGUCUACAUUGUUUUGUUGACUUUAAAUUGUUGUGAUUAAAGCUCACUUCUUAUUAUAAUCAAACUUUGCUGUAAAGUUAUAUACAAGUUUACAUUGUUUUUGUUUAAGUUUUAUUAGUGCUAUGAGUGUUUUUGUACUUUACAAUUAAGUGCUUUUCCCAGGGAGCAAAUAUAAUCGUGAUCAAACUGAUAAUACAAUGCAUUUCUAUUUAACCAAGUUUCUUUCACUAAUUGUGCUUGUUUUGUUAUACACUUUAUUCUCUCUUGUUUGUGACUAGUUUACAUUCUUUACUUUCGUAUUACCUCUUUUAUGGAGAAUAAAGGGCCUUCUUCAAAA